GAGGAAGUGUGGAAAAGAAGAGAGUACAGGAAAAAAAACUUCAAUUUUGAAUAUUUGAUAGGGUUUUCGUAUGUUCUUUUCCCAAGUUCUCUCUUCUCAACCAAACAAAGGAUAAGCUGUCUUCUCUUUAUAUGUUUCUCCUAUUCCUCAUGAGUAUCGUGAUCGGACCUUCGGAUUAGCAUUUUCUGUGGAGCGUACAGAGCAUGCUUGGAUAGGGCAAAAUCGGGGCAAAGAAGUACUUGGGGUUGAAGGUUAUUAUGUUUGCUGGAUGCAACAAGUCGGUGGUAUUCAAUUUUUGUAGGUUAUGCUGUACCGGUGUUUUCUCUGAAGGAAACCCAUUGAACUACUACCCCUUCAUUGGAAGUAGCUAUGCUACCCACUGGAGUGAAAGAAACUCAACUCCGUGAGAGCAACAGCCAGAAGGUUCACCCCCAACCCAUGGAAGAGGCCACUAAUCAGACUCCAGAAGCAAUGGAAGCCCUGAUAUCCAAGAUUUUUAUGAACAUCUCCUCCCUAAAGUCAGCUUAUAUUCAGCUCCAAGAUGCUCAUACUCCUUAUGAACCUGAUAAAAUCCAAGCUGCUGAUAAACUUGUGAUUUCAGAACUGAAGAACCUUUCUGAACUCAAGCAUUUUUACAGGGAGAAAAACCCCAAACCUAUAUGUGUUUCUCCUCAAGACUCUCGCUUAGCUGCAGAGAUCCAAGAACAACAGAACCUGUUGAAAACCUAUGAGGUCAUGGUGAAGAAAUUCCAAUCUGAAAUUCAGAAUAAAGAUUCUGAAAUUCUUCAGUUGCAACAGCAGAUCCAGGAAGCUAACCAGAAGCGAGUGAAAUUGGAGAAGAAUCUGAAGCUGAGGGGAUUGUCAACCAAAGAAUCAGAAGGCUCUGUGGAAGAAAAUGGAUUCUUCCCAGUGGAUUUAACCCCUGAUCUGUUCAUUUCGGUUGUAGAAGCUGCUUUUAAAGCAAUUCAUGAUUUUUCUAAGCCAUUGAUCAACAUGAUGAAAGCAGCUGGAUGGGACCUUGAUGCUGCUGCAAAUUCCAUUGAACCUAAUGUUGUUUAUGCAAAGAGAGCUCACAAGAAAUAUGCAUUUGAAUCCCAUAUAUGCCAGAGAAUGUUCAGUGGUUUUCAGCAUGAAAGCUUCUCCAUCAAAUCAGACAAUCUUACUGUCACUAAAGAGAGUUUCUUCCACCAAUUUCUUGCCUUGAGGGAAAUGGAUCCACUAGACACUCUGGGCCAAAACCCAGAUUCCAUUUUUGGGAAAUUUUGCAGAAGCAAGUACCUUGUAGUCGUUCACCCGAAGAUGGACGCUUCAUUCUUUGGGAACUUAGAUCAGCGGAACUAUGUAAUGGGAGGUGGGCAUCCAAGGACACCCUUCUACCAGGCUUUUCUGAAACUAGCCAAGUCUAUCUGGCUUUUGCACCGGUUGGCUUAUAGUUUCGAUCCUAAUGUUAAGGUCUUUCAGGUGAAGAGGGGGAGUGAAUUCUCAGAGGUCUAUAUGGAAAGCGUAGUGAAAAAUUUGGUUAUGGAUGAAAGUGAUGAAAAGCCUAAGGUGGGGCUAAUGGUUAUGCCUGGCUUUUGGAUUGGUGGCAGUGUGAUUCAGUGUCGAGUCUACCUCUCUGGCAUGAGGGUUGUGGAGUGACUUAUCUGCUCUUAGCCAUUCGUCGUUAAUACGUAUAUUUGGUGUGUUUAAUAUGUUUGUUGCCUUCCCUAUAUAAUAUAUCUGCUGUAUUUCAUGUAUUUGUACUGGUCAUUUGAGAAAAAACGACGUCUCUCUUUUCUCUCUAUGUGUUAAUGUGAUUGUAUGUGAAUUCAUAUUCUAUUACCUG